AUGUAUCGAUACAAACAUUUAGAAGGGCAGAGGAGGAAGCGUGCAAAGCAGCGCAAGGCAUUUGGACAGUCCUUCACAGUUCACCGUAAAGUUGCUGAAGAUGGCGAGACGCGGGAAGAGACUCUCCUCCAGGAGUCGGCAUCAAAGGAGGCCUAUUAUCUGGGGAAGAUCUUGGAAAUGCAGAAUGAACUGAAACAAAGUAGGGCUGUUGUUACCAAUUUUCAUGCAGAGAACGAACGACUGACGGCUAUCGUGCAGGACCUGAAGGAGAAUAAUGAAAUGGUGGAGUUGCAGAGAAUUCGGAUGAAAGAUGAAAUACGAGAAUACAAGUUCAGAGAGGCAAGGCUCCUUCAGGACUAUACAGAACUUGAAGAAGAAAACAUUACUUUGCAAAAGUUGGUUUCCACAUUGAAACAGAACCAG